AUGACAUCUCACUGGUUCUUGAUCCCCCAUAGAAAACUUCCGAGGUUUCCUGACUCCUGGAAAGUAGUUACAAGCCAUGUUCAGGGCCCGGCCUUUUUCCUGAGUCACUUGAGAGCUGGAGAUCCUCCCCAGGGCACCUUCAUAAAAAUAAAGGGCUGGAGAAAGGGUGUCAUAUUCAUCAACGGACAAACCCUAGGACGAUACUGGAAUAUCGGUCCCCAGGAAACCCUCUAUGUCCCUGCUGUCUGGCUCCAUCCUGGAAUUAAUGAGAUCGUGAUGUUCGAGGAGUUGAAAGGAGGCAUAAGGAUCUACUUCUCAAGAGAGGCUAAACUUGGAUUUUGAGUCUCAACUAUUGUGAAAUAAUCCAGAGGACAGACAAUUGAAUCCCAUCCACCGUGGUGGUGGGCGUAUCCCAUGAGUCCUGACACUUAGGUGGGUCUCUGCAUCCACCCUGGCUUCUCUUUCUACCCCAUGCCGGGCUCAGUUCUA